AUGGAUUUCUGGUCAACACAAGGCGCUUCGAUCGUUUCAUCCACAAUCGACUCACUGUUAAAAAGUCCCGAGUGCACACUUGAGAAGCUGUUUGACGACGCUCAUUACCUUCUUGAGUUGAAGUCAAACACUGAUCUAAUUGCUUAUGUUCUUCAAGACAACAACGUCGAGAAAUGUGUCGAGUACAUUUGUACAGACAAGAGUACUUUGGGUGCGAUGGCGGCUCAGACCUUCUCACUUGAUGUUGAAAUCAUUCAGACGACUGUUGUUGCGAAAGAAGAGCAUAUACAAAAACUCUUUAAAACCUUUGUUGAUACAGUCGACACGAUCAUUGUGAAUAAUUUGGUCACAGUAUUCACUGCGUUCCAUAAGUACCAAGACUUUAAGGACCAAUUACAAAAAUCAACGGAAGUGGUUGACCAUUUGUUUAACACUUUGGACCAACCCGUUAAAUCGAAUUACUUAAUAUUUUUAAUUACUUCACAAUUUUUCUCAAAAGGUGUGAUGGACCGAUUACUGAACCUUGUGGAGUGUGGAAAAUUCAUUGAACACAUUGAACUUAUUUUCUAUCAAAUUAUAGAUUGGAAUACUAUAAUUACUCAAAGUCUUUAUUUAGAAUUUACUGCCCGAAAUAACACAAAUUACUUUGAGGCAUUUGAAAAGGAAACUCCCGAAAACAAAGGGAAAAUGCUCCACAUAUUGAGGAUUUUAUUGCCCCUUGAAAAUAGUUUUGUGGUGCCAAAAGAGUUUUUGUCGGUCUUUGAAAAUAACGUGGAACGUGUCAAAACUUUUGUUUUAGGGAGUGACGUGAAAAAAGUGAGUGAAAACAUCUUAUACUUUGCACAUCUCGUUUUGUUUGUAGCUCGAAACAACACGUCUUCUUUGAUAACAAUGAAAGACCAAAAAAUCCUCGACAUGUUUUUGGAACUCUUUUUAAACCCAACCGUCCAAAGUUCUGUUUUUAGACAUUACGUUUUCGAUAUAUUUAAUGAGUACAAAAACACGGAAGAAUUCCCCAAAUAUGUGGGAGAUCAGAACUUGACAAGGAAAUUGAUUGAGUUAGACAAGACAACCGUGUCCGAACACUACAAAUAUGACAUUUUUAUGUUUGGCAUCAAAAUGAUGAUCAUGUUAUUCACGUGGACUUCUUCAAAGACGGAUUUUCAAGAAUUCAAUGAAUACGUCACAUCAGUCGUAUUACCACGAGAAGAAAACAAAACGAUUUAUUUCACUAAGAAACCAACAACUACUUUUUCUCUGAAACAAAAUUUUGUUGUUGAUGAAUACUUAGACAAUACUUCACAAAACGAAGGCUGUAAUGAAAGCUCUAAUAAAGCAAAAAAAAGUGAAGACACUCAAAUGAAGUUUGACUUUGACUCUCAAAAUUCGUUUGGUUCGUUCGAGUCUUCAAGUCAAGGCAAUCCAUCAAAAGAACUCAAUGAAAAGUCUUUUGACUUCAAUGACGUGUCUUUCGGCGAUUUCGACUCCGCUCCAAGCGCCGCCGUCUCUGAGAACAAAGACGUUAAGAAAGACAACACUUCAUCCCAAAAUUUCAACUUCGGGUCUUUCUCUUUUGAGAGUUCAGACUUCUCCGAUUUUAAGUGA